UUUGUGACGACUAGUGACAAAUCAACGGCCGCCGCUAAUGCUACAAGUUUGUUGACGUUUCGCUAUUUUGUCACCUCCUCUCUCCAAACUGAGAGACUCGCCGCCAACAUGGACAACAGCGGCAAAGAGAAGGAAGCCACUGCUUUGAUGGCCGAGGCCGAGAAGAAGUUAAAGUCCUCGCAGUCGUUUCUCGGGGCGCUUUUCGGGGGUUCCUCCAAGCAGGAGGAGGCCUGUGACCUGUAUGUGAGGGCCGCCAACAUGUUCAAGAUGGCCAAGAACUGGUGUGCGGCAGGAAACGCCUUCUCCCAGGCGGCCCGCCUCCACCUGCAGAUGCAGAGCAAACACGACGCAGCCACCAACUUCAUAGACGCCGGAAACGCCUUCAAAAAAGCCGAUCCGCAAGAGGCCACAAACUGUCUAAACCGAGCUAUCGAGAUAUACACAGAUAUGGGCCGCUUCACCAUCGCGGCCAAACAUCACAUCAGCAUCGCCGAAAUCUAUGAGACAGAGAUGGUGGACAUUGACAAAGCCAUUGCUCACUAUGAACAAGCGGCAGAUUAUUACAAAGGCGAAGAAUCCACCAGUUCAGCCAACAAGUGCCUUUUGAAGGUCGCCACUUACGCCGCCCAGCUGGAGCAAUACCCCAAAGCCAUUGAGAUCUACGAGCAGGUGGGCACUCAUGCCAUGGACAGCACGCUGCUCAAAUACAGCGCCAAGGAUCACUUCUUUAAGGCGGCACUGUGUCAUUUCUGCGUGGACAUGCUGAAUGCCAAACUGGCUGUGCAGAAGUAUGAAGAAAUGUUCCCAGCCUUUUCAGACUCUCGAGAGUGCAAACUGGUAAAGAAACUUCUAGAUGCGUACGAAGAACAGAAUGUGGAUGCCUACACCGACUCGGUUAAGGAGUAUGACACCAUCUCGCGGCUGGAUCAAUGGCUCACCACCAUGCUCCUGCGCAUCAAGAAGACCAUAGAGGAGGACGAGAGCGACCUGCGCUGACCUCCCUUCCGCUCUCACCACAGCUUCUCCUGUUUUUGCCUUGACUCUCCCUUACCUUUAAGCCCUUAUAUCCCCCUUUCGUAGCAUCCACAGGAUCUGAUAUCACAGUAUGACCACAAUCCUCCUGAGUACAUUCAAUUGUUAGUCUGUUACCAUAUUGCCAGCACGUUUAGAAUACAGUAAUCCCCCGCUAUUCACGGAGAAUCAGGCCCAAGCCCUGCCGUAAAUCACGAAAAAACAUGAGUAACUGACCCCAAACAUGUUUUAAAUUCCUUAUAUUAAUAGAUUAAACCAUAGAUGUACCACAAACUAUGAUCCCAAAACAGUUUAUAAACAUUUCAAACUCAUUUUACAACAUUACCCUUAAAUAUAAAUGGCUUACAGAUAAAUUGCAACCUGAGCGGGCGUGUGCAUGCAUGUGGCAAAGACUCUCUUUUACAACCCAGAUGUAUCAUUUCAACAAUACUUUCUUGGACCAACUGUAUUAAGUAACUUGGCAUUAAAAAUUGGUAAGAAAAUUUAUAUUCCUAUUACAAAUUCAUUGAAACAAAUGGUACAUGUUGUUUAUUCCAUGCAAAAAAUUACAGAAAAUCUCCAUAUAUCGACGUAAGCACCAGUGGCGUCAACAGCAAACCAACAAAACAGAAGACCGGCCAUCUGGAAAAUAUAAAUAAAAUACGAUAUAAGACAUGAAAGGGAUUUUUUUUUUCUUCAUGAAUACUUUGCAUGUGCCACUACUAAUCAAAACAAGAUAUUCUGGUUAAUAUUGCAUUCAUGGAAUAACAACGAAACAGAAUAAUUCAUCAUUCUCCUGCAAUCUCGGGGGGUGGCCAUUUGAGGCAAUAUCACCCUCUGCUAGCGACCGAAAUUAACGUCACAACUACCGAUGCUGAACUAAACCAAAAAACAUGUUUCCAGACUCCCUGUUUAUGUUGUGGGUUGCUUACACGAUAGCUUGAACCUGAACUUGGUAAAAUGUUUAAACAAACCCCCUCGCUUUACCAAACCUGGAAGCAUACACUGAGUCGGCAAACUUAUUGUUGGCAGGCUCCCUGUUUAUGUUGCGGUUGCUGACAUGAUCGUUUAAACAACAUUUUAGCAAAUGCAGGUUCAAACUAUCAUGUCAGCAACCCGCAGCAUACACAGGAAGUCUGAGAACCAGUUUUCCGCAUUUGGUCACAUGACGCAUGUAACCAUAGCGGGAGUAGUUGUGACAUUAAUUAGGGUCGUAAGCAGAAGGUUAUAUUGCUUAUAUAUUACUUCAGUGAGACUAAAAAUUCUAGUAGCAAUUUAUAAUGUGUAUCGGUAGUUACUUUUUGUCCACCCACCCUGUACUUUGGCACCAUCUUGUUGCACAAAAUUGUUUUGUCAACUGUCUUUUUGCGAGUAAAGGAUAGGUUUAAAAAAAAAAAAAAAAAAAAAAAAAAAAAAGCAAACAGGAAUUAAAAACAUAGUCACGGUUCACUAUUUGUUGGGGAUUCAUGAACAGCAAAUAAUCACCAGCAGUUGACCCCCUGCCUAAUUUUGAUUUAUAAUUGCCUAUGUUAAGAGUUUAAAUCAUAAAUGUACAACCAACUAUGAUGCCAAAACACUUGAAUAUCAUUUUGCAACAUUACCCUUAAAAUAAGUGGCUUAUGUAUGAUUCGUUUUUGAGCAAAAUGCAAAGACUCUUUGUAACAACCUAGACUAAACUUAGCUCCUCCCCAACAUGUAGAGCUUGUCUCUCAGUCGAGAUGAAUCACUACAAACAUACUUCCCACGACCAACUGUACUUCUUUCCUAUUUAGACAGGACUUUGGCACCAUCUUAGGGUGUUAGAGCACAAUAAGUUUUUCAGCAAAUAACAGAGGACAGGUUUGGGAACUGUGCGGGAGAUUACUGUAUCACUUUUCUUUCUGUAUAAAAGACCCAUCUGAUCUUUAAAUGUUUUGUUACCUCACAUGGAUCUUUCCCUCUAGGUGGUAUAGCUCCUCUAAUAAUAAUAACCACGAUUUCUUCAUCUCAGCUCCUCAGGAUGUGAAUCUCAUUUCCCCCCUCAAGAACUUUGUAUGUUUUUGUUCCACAAGUCACAAACAUUUGCGACAAGAGCAGUAGAGUAGCAGUUCUCCACCACCCAAUUUCCUUUUUUUUGUUUUUGUUUUAUGUGUGACUUGUUUGUGUGAAAAUCUCUUUUCUUAACUCUAGAGGCUUGAUGAUAGAGUGGAAACCUUCAAAGUGAACCCCCCCCCCCCCAGGAAAUCAUGUAAAAACCUUUGACUAUACAGGCAAUGUUUUAAGUCACAUUUUAAUAUUUGCAAUUAACCACUGUAUAAUGCAAAUAAAGCUAAAGUACAACUACA